AUGUCUGGCGCGGCCGGCUCCGGGGCGGGCGCCAGCUCGGUGAGCUCCGUGGUGCGGCGCUUCCUGGCCGAGUACAGCAGCGGGACGCCGAGCCGCCUGAAGGUGCUGGACGCCUACCUGCUCUACGUCAUGCUGACGGGCGCGCUGCAGUUCGGCUACUGCCUCGGCGUCGGCACCUUCCCCUUCAACUCCUUCCUCUCGGGCUUCAUCUCCGCCGUGGGCAGCUUCAUCCUCGGCGUUUGCUUGAGGAUCCAAAUCAACCCACAGAACAAAGGGGAGUUCCAGGGCAUCUCACCCGAACGGGCCUUUGCCGACUUCCUCUUUGCCAGCACCAUUCUCCAUCUCGUCGUUAUCAACUUUGUGGGCUGAUAAACAAGACUGGCCAGUCUCAGAGGUCCUGGACUCUUCUCUUCUGAAGGUGCCUCUCCUGACUGAACAGGCAGACCGUGCAUCAUGGCUUCAAGAUUGGUUCCUUCAUGGGGAAAAGGGAUGGCGACUGAAGAAAUCCCUUGAAAUAGAUGGCCACUGCUGUCCAUUUAUGUGACUCUCAAUAAACAUUUUUGUUCUUUUUUGUUA